AUGGGGGAAGUCCCCCUAGGCUCGGUCAGCACCUCACCGAGCUACUGUAGUAGGUUGGUUAUCUCCUGGUGUCGUGGCGUGGCCAUCACCACAUUGGAACUCCAUAGUACUAACUCUAUCAUCAGUUGUGAUUGGUCCCAAUCGUUCCAGUCAUUAAACCCACAACAUGAGCCAACGGCAAUGCAUAAAGGCCUCGUGUUUAUCACCGACCCUUCUUUGCCGAUUUUUCACGCGUCGGUGGAAAAAGUACCUGGGCAUCGAACCUUCGACAGACUGGCAUUUCGCAUGACUUCCAGAUGGUCGUCGCGCAUGCUCCCUCGACCCACUGGUGCUGUGGGUUCGGCCUUAUGCCGCUGCCAUUGCUGUUCGACCAACCCUGUGCCCACGACUGACUGCCUCGCCACCUUGAUAGGAGCUCGAGCUCUGAAUAAUAAAAGUCACUGGCCCAAGACGGAAGGAACAAAAGGAGUAGAAAGAACAUCUUUAUCCUCCGGCGCUCAGUCCACCGCCCAUCUCAGAUCGGACGACGCCACCCGCCCCGGCACCGGGAACUUGAUAUCACCGAUACACAUCAUGGCUAAUUAUUAUGAUAUCGAUGAUAUAUUGGCUGAAGAGGAGCUUGUCCCAUCGGUGUUCCAACAUAAUGCAAAUGGUGUGGGGCUUUUUGAUUCAAGUGAUGAUACUGAUAAGGUGGAGUCUGGUUCCAGAAUAGAAUUGCCCUUCUGGCUGGUUCGUGAGUUGUAUCUGAGGCAGCUUAUAUCCAUAAGGGUCCCCUCUUGUUUUGACAGAGAAUCCAAAACACGAGAAGAAAUAGCGGCUGAUGCUGCACAUGUGGAUCUAAGAACUCGAUGCCCAUAUUUUUAUGAAUUAGGAUGUAAACUAGGACCACUAAUUGGUGACAAAACCAUUGGGCCUUUCCUUCUAGUGGCGUUUCGGAUAAGAUACAGGGAGGUUCUGGUUAAAGCACAUACUCUCACAAUGGCGGUUGCCCCAAAAUACUUGACACUUCUGACUAAUGAGGAAACAAAAUCUGGUCAAUGCUCGAUAGCCGCAUUUAAGAAGUGGCGUAUGGGAGGGCCAAGGUUCCAAAUAGCUCCUGUUCUUGGAAGGAAGAGGAAACCAACUUAA